AUGCCACAAAAUGAUGUACCUGAUUUAGACAUACAUGCAUCAAACUUUCAAGCUCCAAUUGAUUUACCAACUUGUAUUUACCAAAUUAUGGGUUCUGAUAUGACACUGGAAACAAAUUCAAAGUCAUUGGCUUAUGAUGAUGUAUCGGUAUGUAUGAAUACACAAGGUUACGCAGAUUUUUCUGCAGACGACAGUGGAGAAGAAUACCUUCCUGAAAAAGUUAAACAGAUACUACUCCCCCAGAAACUCAUUAUCAUCGAACACUUCUACACAAAGUAUUGA